ACCAGGAGAACAGAACAAGCGCGAGGUCUUUAUCAAAUAGCUUGCACUUCUUCAAGUAGUGCCGGCUUUAUUCAGUACUACUGCUUUCCAUCAGUCCUAUCCAGUUCUAAAAGUAGUAAGUGCUUUGUUUUCCUAUUCCUUACCAGCAAGCCAACGUCCACACUGCCGCUCCCAAAAUCAAGAUGGAAGAGGACCCAGGCGGUGCAGAAGAUGAUACCACUGCACGUCUUGCAUCAGACCAAUAUUGGGGUUUUUUGGGCACAGGCUCAGAUACAAAGAACUGCAAAUUGCUCCUCCACCAGGAGGGUCCAGAUGAAAGGCUGCCCAGAAUUCGUUCCGAUGAAACCAGUGCAGCUACCCCGGGACCACGAGAGCAACCUCCCUCGCCUUCCCUCUCAGAGGUCAACAGCGUCCGGCGGUAUUUUCGCGAGCUGGAAGCGCACUUGUCCAUCUGUCCGGAAAACUACGGCGAUUUUGUCAGCCCGGAUUGUUUGAUGAUCAAGCCGACAGGACAGUACAUGGGCAACUCCGCAACGACGGGGGGUGCCAGCCGCGAGGAAAUGUGCAAGACGUUCUUGACCUGGCUCGCCCCGCAGAAAAUUCUCGCGUUGGAGAACGUGCGGUUUUUAGGUUCGGGCACAGGCUUCUCUUCCGCGUGUUGCUGCCAAAUCCGCAUGUUUCAGCAUUUCAAAUACGGCGACAGCGAGGAGGAGGACGUUGCCGUGUUUACCUUUGUCUUGGAAAAUAAGAGGACAACUACCCCGGCCGCAUCUGCAAACCGUGUUGAGACCAAGACUUUUCCUACAAAGGGCGGAGAAGAAGCGUCUCCCUCUACUGACGGGGCUUUGUUCAACCACAAUAGCUCUAAUUGGCAAGCAGUAUUGAUCUAUCCCAUGUGAAGACCACAGUAGCCUCUCCCGCCGCGUGAAGGACGCGCAUGUUGAUGACGUCUCCUCUUUUAUCCGUCUUUGAAACACGAGUAUGUCACGGAAGUCGUCAGAGAAGACAUGAAGCACGACCUAUUUUUCAAUUAGGGCGAGUCUACCUGCUCCUGUCUGUGAUGUACUGCUCCUGUCUGUGUGUCUGUGACUGCUCCAUCACGACGUCGAGAGUAGUUCGUCAACAUCGUGCAGCUCCUUCAUCGUUGUUUUCACAUUCGAUACCAUUCAGCGCGCACUUGGGGCGCCCCAGGAAUCAAAGAAGGCAAGACAUUACCCGAUGGAGCUGCAGCCAGCUCCGAGCUGCGACGCCAAGUCGUGUAUGAGAAAAGCACCAAUAUGUAGUCUGGGUCUGGACAGAGCGUGUGUCUCUGACUCUCUUACAGCAAGAACGCACUUGGUGGUCGUCGUCGUGCGCCUGCCCCUGCGCACGACGACGCAUUCAUCUCAAAAUUCGAGAAGAUGCAGCUCGGCUGCUGCAGUUGGACUUGAUGUGUAGUCCAUCGUUUGCAGCACGAGGUUGACCUGCUCAGUCUGGCAAAUUACCAGAUCUCCAGAGCCAGACAUUUUUGCAUUGCACACCCUUGGACGAUUUGACGGCUGAGGAGUAUGACAAGAGCCCGUACCUGAACGUUCGCCUGAGGGACGGCUGUUCGUGAACUUGAACAUUCGACGCUUCCGGGGCCGCGGCUUGCCCUUUGCCGCGAGGACCUGAAGCAUACAGAUGAAACUGCAAUAGCAAUCAAAAAAAAUCCGAAUCAAUCUAAUUUGCUGUAUAAAAAAGUUGAUUCACGCAGAACUGGAUCGACGCGGAAGAAGAAGAACUGCCUUUGCAAAAUAGAAGCCGCGGCGCGGUGGAAUGGUUCUUUAUUGGAAACAUGCCAAGAACUUGGCAGAGCACUUUCGUCUAUAUUUUUUGUACAGCUGCCUUGACCUUUUUUUCAUUUCGGUUUAUUGAUCGUCUAAAUGAAU